AUGGAGGACCGACCGGGCGUCCGCAAACAGAGCUCGGAAAGCGGCGAGUGGGACAUGGCCAGCGACGUGUUCGUCUCCGGCUGCGACGGCCACCCGCCCGGGGACCGGGACGGGCCUCCGGACGGGCACCUGCCCCUGGGGGAGGGAGACUCCCCGCAAGACUGCCUGAUGCUGGGCCUCCCCGGCCCGGCCUAUCUGGAAAUCGACCAGGACUACAGCGAAGGCGACGGGGGCAUCGCCACCAAGAAGCGCAUCCGGUCCAACAGCUCCCGCCACCGCGGCGAGAUCGUCACCGAGCUCGGGGCGGAGGAGGUGCGGUGGUUUUACAAAGAGGACAAGCGGACCUGGAAGCCGUUCGUCGGCCACGACUCUUUGAAAAUCGAGAGGGUGUACCGGAGGAUAUGCGAACUGAACGCCGGCCGGCCGCCGGGCGCGGAGAACGGGGAGGAGGAGGAGGUUCGCUCCCCCGGUGACCCAGCGGAGCCCCAGCCGGAGCAGCGGGCUGACGGCCACCCGGCCCCGCCGCCGGAGGAGCCCGGAGAGCCGGGGGACGCUGACAUAAGAGAGGAGGCAGUGUGUGUAAGAGGGGGGCUGUAUGAGGUGGACGUCAGGGAGAAGGAGUGCUACCCCGUUUACUGGAACCAGCAAGACCGUAUUCCUGUGAUGAGGGGUCAAUGGUUCAUCGAUGGAACGUGGCUUCCCUUGGAGGAGGAUGAGAGUGAUCUCAUAGAGACAGAGCAUUUGUCUCGUUUCCGGGGGCAACAGAUGAGGGACACGUAUGAUUUGGAGACGGUCAACAUAACAGUGGACAGCAAAGAUGCCAUCUACAGCCUGAAGCUGAGCAGGAGCCAUGUUGACUGGCACAGUGUGGACGAGGUGUACCUCUACAGUGACGCCACCACCUCCAAAAUCGCACGGACUGUCACUCAGAAACUGGGCUUCUCAAAGGCCUCCAGCAGUGGGACGCGCCUCCAUCGGGGAUAUGUUGAGGAGGCCGCACCUGAGGACACUCCACCUGAGACCACACACAUCGUCUUUGUUGUGCACGGCAUUGGCCAGAAGAUGGACCAGGGUCGCAUCAUCAGGAACACCAGCAUGAUGAGAGAUGCCGCCAGAAAGAUGGAGGAGAGGCAUUUCUCCGAUCGCACCACAGAACACGUGGAGUUCCUCCCCGUUGAAUGGAGGUCCAAACUCUGCCUGGACGGAGACACAGUGGACUCCAUCACCCCUGACAAAGUGCGAGGUCUCAGAGACAUGCUGAACAGCAGCGCCAUGGACAUCAUGUACUACACCAGUCCUCUGUACAGAGAUGAGAUUACAAGGGGUUUGACUCAGGAACUGAAUCGCUUGUAUUCCCUCUUCUGCACGCGGAAUCCGGACUUUGAGAAAAGCGGGAAGGUGUCCAUAGUUUCCCACUCACUGGGCUGUGUCAUCACAUUUGACAUUAUGACAGGCUGGGACCCAGUACGCUUUCAUCACGAGGAAAUGCUUGACCCGGAGGAGACAAAGGCCCACUGGCCUAAUGAUGAAGAGCACCUCCUUCAGGAGCAACUGAGACUCACACGACUCAGGUUGAGGGACUUGGAGGAUCAAUUUCAGAGUCUGCAGACCUCCUCUGCUGGUACCCUCCCAGCCUUAAAAUUCAAGGACAUUGAGGUGGACCUGUCACAGGUUUUGUAA